AUGUUAACUAUAAGUCCAGAUUUAGAACGUCGAACAUUUGUUUCAACUAUUGAAAGUCGUCGUUAUCCAAUUUUUGGAGUUCAAUGGCAUCCAGAAAAUAAUGCAUUUGAAUGGCGAGUAAAUACAACAAUACCUCAUACAAAAGAUUCUAUUGAUAUAACGCAAUAUAUGGCAAAUUUUUUAACUAAUCAAACACGUCAAAAUAUGAAUCAUUUCGAUUCAUUAGAAGAUGAAUUAAAAUAUCUUAUAUAUCAAUAUACACCUGAAUUUACUGAUUUAGAUAAAACAUAUUAUCAACAAGUUUAUUAUUUUUAUGAAUGA